AUGGCAGAAAUCCUUGGCGUAGUCGCCAGUGUUAUUACGAUCGUCAACCUGGCCGGGCCCACCGCUAAACUCAUCGAAACAUUAUACAAAGUGGCCAAAGAUGGCGACGAAAUGGAAAACGCGAUCAUUUCCGUUGCGAAUCAGUUGGAGGUUGCGGACGAAACAAUGAAACUUGCAAAACGGAGACUUCAAGACAACUGCGACAAGAUCAGGAAAAUGAAGCAUCCAACAUCAAGAGUCGCCAGAUAUAUCGAAGGGAGCAGCUUAGAGCAGAAAAUCAGUCACAUAACGAAAGAUAUCGAGCGGCAGCUAGAUGUUGCAGACAACAGUCUAGUGGAUACCUGCAGCCGUUUCAAGUUCGUGCAGGGACUAAGAUGGUACUUCUGGACAAUUGACGAGAUGAGAGCUGUCUUCAUCAGUUUGGACAGAGUGGCUAUAUAUCUUUCGAUCAUAGGCUUCAUCCUGGAACUGGAGGUAUUUUCAUACAUGCUGGAGCGAACAGAUGACGAGAUAUCCGGUAUGCUGGAAGAACAUAUAGCUACACUACGGAUGCAGCUACAACACACGGAGAGAACUCUUGAUAAGGCUCUUCGCAGUGAACAAUCGAAAAAGAGCCACCGGAAAGAUCUCAAUACUGAGUUCGUAGAUUGUGGAAAACUACUCAUCAGUCUGUCUGAAAGCAUGCGUUGCACAGGAAAGGUACCUGACGAUAGGGACGAACGGAGGAGAAGACGGGACAGAAACCGGCCAACUCAGUCAACAAUGAGCGCAUAUGCCGGUGUCACCCGAACACCUCGAUCGCCUCCUCGAUCCCGCAAGCCAACAGAAAGUCCUCACCCGAGUCGUCUGCGGGUACCAAAAGCAAGAUUGUCCGAAAUAUCUCAAGAGACUUCCCGUAGCUCUCGCUCCUUGUCAAGCCGUACAACACAUACGCCAGAAAGACCUUCACCGCCCUCUCCGCCUUCCCCUUCGCCAGAUCCAGAUGACGAAAUGAUCUAUCUGUUCACGCCCGCGGAUGUGAAGGAAGAAAUGAUCUAUUUGAUCAAUGGAUGGCUAGAAAACAGAACUGGCCGAAACGGUGUGGCCCGCAUAGAGCAUGCGAGAGUCUGUCCCAAGAUGUCAGGUAACUACAUAUCGAUAGCACAAGCCCGUGAGCUCUCGUUACCCGUGGAGCAGUUAGGCUUCAGAGAAGUUAUUCAUAAAGUAGGCCCAAACGAGUAUGAACAAAUAAUCGGAAAGGUCUCGGGCGUGCAGUGGUGGGGGAAGAAGCAUUGGAGACCCAGGCUGGUAGACUUUUGGGUCAAAGAGGAGUAUUGUCUGGGGAAGGGAGACGAUAUCAUGUUUGGGAGCGAGUUUGCAAAGGAGGAGACUGGUUGGAAAGAGGUGCUCUACAAAUAG